AUGGAGACAAUCAAAAAUUCUUCCGAGCCUAAGCCCUUUCUCUUGAGCCAGGAGCAAACCUACCUUGCGCGUAUCCGUUACGGAGCACAGGUCGCCGAGCCUCCAUGUCCGCCAAAGCUCCUGCCUAUCUCAAUCGAUCCUCUCCCGAUGUUUUGUAGGGCUUCAUUUACUCCUCUGAGCCUGCUUACGGAGCACAUAAAUGUUGAUGUUGACAGCGAGUGCGGAAUGCAACUGGACAUAAGCCAUCAACCAGGCAUAUUCGAUGGAUCAAACAAGCCUAUCGCGGCACUAAGUCACAUCAAUGUGCAUCCCACCGACCGCUUACUUCUCCGAACCACCGAUCUUCUAAGCAAAAACAAUCCUAUCUCCGCCCUCGGACGAAAAUCCACCUCUUUUCUCCGCCGCACUGAGUAUAUCUCGGCAGACGGACCACAAUAUGCACACGUUUCUGCCUUUGCACGUACGCAGCGUCUCGCCAUGGCCAAGCUCGUCACUCUUCGUUCGCAUGACGAGGAGUAUCAAGAGCCCACCCGCAUUCUCAAGGCGAUUUUACGCGGGUUUGAUACAGCAAAUCCGGAGACACCCCGAGAGACGCCAGAGUUUGAAGAAGACGAUGAGUUUGCGGUGCAGGCGGAGCACAGGUGGAAGCCAAUUGAGUCGAUGAAGCAUCCUGACCGGCUCGGUGUCGUCGCAGUGGAGGAAUUCCCAGUACUGCCCGAUCCAGAGGCAUGUAGUGAUACUGGCGGGUUUAUGGUCUUCAGCUUCCAGACAAGCCCUGUCCCGCCAGCACCACACAGAGAUUUUAGGUUGGACGUUGGUAUUAUUAUUCCGCAUGACCAGCAUAACGAGGAGGGCACUGUGCAGACAUUCGACUACUACCUUCCCACCACACAACAUGCCGCGCUCAAUACUAAACGUAGCUUCGACGACUACAAUGUCGACAUCGAUUACAAAUCUUCAAGUUCAGAGGGUAUCGAGAAGACGCUUCCUUACAAGUUUGUACGCACAUAUGAAACUCGGGUGCAGAAACAGGUGACCGAUAGAAUGGCGGUUAUCCUCCAUCAGGGAGAUGAAAAAAAACCAAAAGCCGCUUAUUACUAUCCUAUUGACGCCAAAGUUGUUCUUCAACCGGCACGCGGAGCGAAGCUGCUGGAGAGGCCGGAGCCAGUUGAAAGGCUAAAUGUGUCUGUGAGGGAGCUGGAUAAUGAAGAAAAUCAGAGAAGAGAAGCGAUUAAAAGGGUUAGGAUGGGCUUGUGA